AUGGCCUCCAACAUCAUCGACAAGACCAAGUCCGCCCUCGGCAUGGACAAACCCACCAUCAAGCUCGCCGGCGAAAAGGUCCACAGCACCGGCUUUGGCUUGAUGGGCCUCACCUGGCGCGCCAGCCCUCCAUCACAGGAGCAGUCCUUCUCUGCCAUGAAAGCCGCUCUCGACAAUGGAGCGAACUUCUGGAAUGGCGGAGAGCUUUAUGGCUCACCGGAGCGCAACUCCCUCCACUUGCUGAAUGAGUACUUUACCAAGUAUCCCGCCGAUGCCGAUAAGGUCGUCAUCAGUAUCAAAGGCGGGCUAGAGCCGGGCGGGAUGGCUCCUAACGGCAGCGCGGAGAACACGCGUCGGAGCAUUGAGGAGUGUUUGAAGGUGCUGGAUGGGAAGAAGAAACUUGACCUCUGGGAAUCUGCGCGCGUGGAUCCGAAUACACCGAUUGAGAUCACAAUGCGCGAGGCGGAGAAGUUUGUCAAGAGUGGCAAGCUGGGAGGAAUCAGCUUGUCCGAGUGCAGCGCCAACACCAUCCGGCGUGCGGCGAGGGUGACGAAGAUCGAGGCCGUAGAAGUCGAGUUCUCGCUAUGGUCGACUGACAUCCUGGACAAUGGCGUGGUGAAAGCGUGCGCGGAUUUGGACAUCCCUAUCGUAGCCUACUCACCCCUUGGACGCGGGUUCUUGACCGGGCAGAUCAAGAAGAUUGACGACAUGCCCGAAGGCGACAUGCGCCGGCACAUGCCACGUUUCCAGCCCGGUAACUUCGAGAAAAAUUUGAAGCUUGUUGAGGAGCUGGAGAAGAUUGCUGAGAAGAAGGGCUGCAAGCCUGGGCAGGUCGGUACGUCGUGGGUCAAGGCGCAGAGCAAGAAGCCUGGCAUGCCCACGUUUAUCCCCAUCCCUGGUGCCACGACUGCGGAGAGGGUGCAAGAGAAUAUGGUGGAUGUGGACUUGAGCGAGAAUGAUAUGAAGGAGAUUGACAGCUUACUUGCGAGUGUCGCAGUUACCGGGGACAGGUACCCGGAGGCUUUGGCUGGGCUGAACUUUGGGGACAGCGCUGAGCUGAAGGAGUAG